GCCUUGGCCUCCUAAAGUGCUGGGAUUACAGGUGUGAGACACCACGCCCGGCCUAAAAUAAUUUCUAAAGUUUCUUCCACAGUGAAUCUAUGGCCUCAAGUCCUAAAAUCUGCCACAAAACCCUGCAUUCAGCAGACAUUUAUACGGUACCCAUAAUGUCCUAGGAGCUGGAGAGACAGACAGUCAUGAAAGUACCUCUGCCCUCGUGGAGCUUACAGCCUGUAGAGGGACUAGACAGUAAGUGAUCACACAAACAAAUGUGUAACUGGAAGUUGGAUAGAAAGGAAAAGUACCAGGUGCUAGAGAAGAGCCUGAUUGAGAUUGGAGCAUCAGGAAAGGCCUCUUGAAAGGAGCAGUAUUUAAGCUGAGGAGUGACGAGUAGGAAUUUGGCAAAACAGGGCGAGUAAAAGGUGAGUACCAACAGAUAUACUGGGCUCUGCCAAAGCCCUAAGGCUCCACCUUAAAGGAGCUGGAGCUGGAGGAAGAGGAGGGAGCUGGAGCACUGGGCAUGACACUGCAUACCAAAUGAAAGAUUUUGUAUUGUAUUUAAAGUGCAAUAGGACACAUGGAAAGGUUUUAAACAGGGAAGUAAAGUCUGCACUGUAAUUUAAAAGGUCAUUCUGGCUGCUGUCCAACCUGGGCCAAACACAAUAUGAGUCAUGUGAGGGAUCAGUAUGAUAGACAGUUCCAGGUUCUGGGAGCCAUAUUCCCACCUUUAUAUGACUGUCCCAUUCAUGCUAGACAGCCUAUCAGUUUAUUACCCUGGGAACCUGACUCCUUUUCAUUGCUUUAUUAUCUUUUCUGAUAAGGGAUUCCUUCUGCCCUUAUCAUGAGUCUUGUUAAUUUCUUGUGUAUGCAAGGGAACUAUCUCCUAGAUAUAUCAUUGCGGUGAUAAGCUUCAGGACAUCCUUUUCUAUUAAGUCCAUUGAAGUUCUUACCUUGGCUCAGACUCUGUUAAAAUGAGUUCACUUUGGAUUUUAUUAGUUUGCCUUUUAUUGCAUCUCCUUAAUCCUCACUCAGAUCUUGGAUAGGAUAAGAGUUGGUAACUAUUAGAAAUGGUAUGACUUAGAAGGGGCUUGAGCUGUGUAGACUGGAUGGGGUGAGGACAUCUGGAGGCUUUGUAGUGGUCAACCCCCGUGUAGGUGGAGCCUGGAGGAAGUGGGUGGCUGUGAAUUAGUAGAAUGAGAAGGGGAGGAUCAGAGAGGGUGUUGAAGGCGGCACAGGAUUGGAUUCACAGGAUAAGGGUAUUGCUUUAGUGAGAAAUUGGGAAGAACAGGGCAGGAUACUGGAGAACACCUAUGAGAGGGGUGAUGGUAUUCCCAAGGGGAGCAAGAGGAAUCUCAGUAGGAAAUGUACACUUGGGAUUUAGGCUUUCAGUAAGUAUUUGUUGGAUACCUGUUGUAUUCAAAAUAUCCUGGGUGGAGACAGAGCUGCUGUCUUCAGGAGCUUCUGCCAUAGUAAAUCUGUGGAUGGAGAAGAACGAGGAGAGUUUUGAACGUCAAGGGAUAAGGUAAUGAGGGGAGAGGAGAGGGAGUGUUAGAGAAGUAGUAACAAACACGCCAUCACAUUGGAGGCUGGCCAGCUGCAGAGAAGCCCUGCCAGGGCAGGCAGCAUGCAUUUGUCAUUACUGUGCCCUAGCAUUGCUUGGCAUGGUCUUGUAGCUGCCACUUAAUCUGGAGGUGGAUGGACUAAUAAAUGGAAUAAGCACUGGGGGAGGAGGACAAGGAUGCUGCUUGCCCACAGCGAUCCCUGGCCAACUUUGAGUUGUUUCAGUGGAGUGCUGUGGAUGGGGAUUUGGAGUGACAAUGGACAAGGAGGGAGUGACAGCAUGUGUAGACCACUCCUUUGGUAAGUACAGGCAGGAAUCAUGGGAAGGAAACCGGACUAGGGUUGUUGGUCGAGUCAGAUAAAGACUUUCCGGAGGGCAGUUGGGACCCAUGGUUUCCUUUGAGGGACAGGCCUGGAGUUGUCUUAAUGAUUGGCCACAAGUUUUCAAUGAGGACAAGGAAUGAAGUCCUCGGGCAGAGGGGAAAGGAAUAGAACGUGGGUUACCAUGUGCCGGAGACUUCACCUUUGCAGUUUCAUUUAAUCCUCGCAAGAACCCUGGGAAGAGAGAAUAUUAAAUGACCUCAUUUUAUGGGGCAGGGUUGGACAAGCUCAGAAAGGCAAACAUCUGCCUCCUGAUGUCACAGCUAGGAAGCACCCAGCUGGAUCUGCCCAGAUCUGCGGGGCCUGGGCCGCCUGCCUCUGAGACACUGCAGCAGCAUUUAGCAAAAAGUACCCAGGAGUUGAGAUGGAAUGGGGAACCCAGAGUUAUGGGUUGCAAGGCAGAAAGAGUGUAGGAGUUGUGAAGGGUUAAUUACGAAUCUACAAGAGAGAGAAUUUACUGUUCUGGACCAGGGAACUGGACAUUAGAAUCUGCAGAUCAGCAGAGAGCUGGUGAGGGGCUUUCAGUGAGGAUCUCAAUUCAUGCAGGGUUAGGUAUCUUGGAUGUACCUUCUAAUGUUGAUGUCUACCUUUUAUGAAGCAGGUGAGAAAACAGCAAAGCCCAGGGCAGCAAGGAAGUGAGACUGAGGUGUUGAAAGCUGGUUGAAACUGCUGGUGAAAAUGGUGGAGACAGUAGGGAGAAAAAAGAUGACUCAGCUCUUGAAGUCUUCUAGGAAAGUAGGAAUUUGUUCCUGUUGAAGAGUGGCUCCUCUUCUAAUUUCCAGACUCCUCGAGAUUUUACGAGUCUGGGUGAAAUUCUCUACCUCUAAGGAGAUACAGUACCUACUCCUUCCUCAAGGGCAAGCCCUCCAUUGCUAUGGAUACCGAAUCCACUUAUUCUGGAUAUUCUUACUAUUCAAGUCAUUCGAAAAAGUCUCACAGACAAGGGGAGAGAACUAGAGAGAGACACAAAUCACCCCGGAGUAAAGAUGGCAGAGGGUCAGAAAAGUCUGUCACCAUUCAAGCUCCCACUGGAGAGCCCCUGUUGGCAAAUGAUUCUACUCGGACAGAGGAAGUUCAGGAUGACAACUGGGGAGAGACCACCACGGCCAUCACAGGCACCUCGGAGCACAGCAUAUCCCAAGAGGACAUUGCCAGGAUCAGCAAGGACAUGGAGGACAGUGUGGGGCUGGAUUGCAAACGCUACCUGGGCCUCACCAUCGCCUCCUUUCUUGGACUUCUGGUUUUCCUCACCCCUAUCGCCUUCAUCCUGCUACCUCCGAUCCUGUGGAGGGAUGAGCUGGAGCCUUGUGGCACAAUUUGUGAGGGGCUCUUUAUCUCCGUGGCAUUCAAACUCCUCAUUCUGCUUAUAGGGACCUGGGCACUUUUUUUCCGCAAGCGGAGAGCUGACAUGCCACGGGUGUUUGUGUUUCGUGCCCUUUUGCUGGUCCUCAUCUUUCUCUUUGUGGUUUCCUAUUGGCUUUUUUACGGGGUCCGCAUUUUGGACUCUCGGGACCGGAAUUACCAGGGCAUUGUGCAAUAUGCAGUCUCCCUCGUGGAUGCCCUCCUCUUCAUCCAUUACCUGGCCAUCGUCCUGCUGGAGCUCAGGCAGCUGCAGCCCAUGUUCACGCUGCAGGUAGUCCGCUCCACCGACGGCGAGUCCCGCUUCUACAGCCUGGGACACCUGAGUAUCCAGCGAGCAGCAUUGGUGGUCCUAGAGAAUUACUACAAAGAUUUCACCAUCUAUAACCCGAACCUCCUAACAGCCUCCAAAUUCCGAGCAGCCAAACACAUGGCCGGGCUGAAAGUCUACAAUGUAGAUGGCCCCAGUAACAAUGCCACUGGCCAGUCCCGGGCCAUGAUCGCUGCCGCUGCUCGGCGCAGGGACUCCAGCCACAAUGAGUUGUAUUAUGAAGAGGCGGAACAUGAACGGCGAGUAAAGAAGCGGAAAGCCAGGCUGGUGGUUGCAGUGGAAGAGGCCUUCAUCCACAUUCAGCGUCUCCAGGCCGAGGAGCAGCAGAAAGCCCCAGGGGAGGUGAUGGACCCUAGGGAGGCCGCCCAGGCCAUUUUCCCCUCCAUGGCCAGGGCGCUCCAGAAGUACCUGCGCACCACCCGGCAGCAGCACUACCACAGCAUGGAGAGCAUCCUGCAGCACCUGGCCUUCUGCAUCACCAACGGCAUGACCCCCAAGGCCUUCCUAGAACGGUACCUCAGUGCGGGCCCCACCGUGCAGUAUGACAAGGACCGCUGGCUGUCUACACAGUGGAGGCUUGUCAGUGACGAGGCUGUGACUAAUGGAUUACGGGAUGGAAUUGUGUUCGUCCUUAAGUGCUUGGACUUUAGCCUCGUAGUCAAUGUGAAGAAAAUUCCAUUCAUCGUACUCUCUGAAGAGUUCAUAGACCCCAAAUCUCACAAAUUUGUCCUUCGCUUACAGUCGGAGACAUCAGUUUAAAAGUUCUAUAUUUGUGGCUUUAUUAAAAAAAAAAAAGAAGAAAAAUAUAUAGAGAGAUAUAUAUCUAUCCCAGAGGGGUGUCUUUUUUUUUUUUUUUAUAUUCUUCUUCAUUACUGACUGAAACUGGCAGAUGAUAGACCAGUAUCCUUUGACCAUCUGCACUUUAUUUGGAAGGAAGCAGGGACUGUGCACCCUGAAAAAAAGUGACUGAUGACACCUGACUUUUGUCGAUAGGACUUCUCAAGAAGCUGUUCCCUGGAGUUUCUGUUACAGCUGUAAACCAAAGUGGAGCUGGUGCAUUCUUGGGAGCCUCGCCUUACAACUCCUUCCUGCCUCUCGUCCAGUACCACGUCCCCCCUGCUUCCGGUCAGCCCACUUGUAGACUUCCAGGGGACACACCUUUAUUCUGUUUCAGGAAACCAGUCAUGACACGUCCACACAUGUAUUUGUGUAUGUUAAUGUUCAGCAUCACAUCACCCACGAGAGUCGUGGGCGGUUCAGGAGAUACCUGCCUUCGUCUUUGUUCUUCGUUGCCUUAGGUUCUUCAGAGAAAGAUCACAACAAAAAAUGUUCACUGUUGUUUACAGCUAUUAAAUGAUUUGAUUUUGUCUUUUUUUCCCAAAGAGAAAACUUACCGGCCCUGUUUCUGAUCCCACCCCUCUUCUGGCUUGAAGCAGGUAGCCCUUCCCAGGCCCUGCAGCUGUCCACCUGGCCUCCAUGCCAUCAUACCUCCACCUCGCUGGCAGCGCUGGCUCUCCAUGUGUGCCCUCAGGCUCUUUGUGCAGUCUCAAGUCGGUCCCAGGAUUGCUUCCAUAGGGAAGUGUGGGGUGCCCAGCAGGUAAAGCACAGGGAGAGCAGGCAGUGGGAAUGCCCCCUUUAGGCUGUAGCAGGAGCCCCGCCCUGCCCAGUUUUCCUCCCCACUACUCCACACCAACCAGGGGAGACUAACACUGUGACCCUGGGAUUGGCAGGUUCGACUUGGAACCACUUGAUUUCCUGGAGUGAUAAGUUCUCCCGAAGCUCAUAGCAAGCUGUCCUGCCCAGGGACACCAAACCAUGCCAGCCGUGCUAGCAACUGCUGCUGUCCAGCCCCUGUGUUUCUGACCACCGUCACUGUGCAGCUCAUCGCCUCGGCCACUUAGGACCGGGAAAGAGGCUGGUUUUGCUCCCACUUUUAGCUGCUGAUAAAGUGAGGAGAAGGAAAAUGGACACUGCGGAGUUUGGGGAAGGGAGAGUAGGGAGCCCAUCUUCUUGUCCAGAAAGAUUCAUCUAUGAGCUGUCUCUCCCUCUCUUUAGAUGGAGUCUCGCUCUGUCACCCAGGCUGGAGUGCAGUGGCGCAAUGUCGGCUCACUGCAGCCUCUGCCUCCCGGGUUCAAGCGAUUCUCCUGCCUCAGCUUCCUGAGUAGCUGGGAUGACAGGCACGUGCUGAUUUCAGUAGCUUUCCCCUGGCCCUGGGAGAGCAGACACUGCUUGGGUUGUGGGUAGAGGAGCCUUCCUGGUGGACCCCUGCUGCAAGGAGCUUCUUCAGGAGCCCCAUCCGGACCUCUUGCACUGGGCUGCCUUUGCCCCCACUUGCCUUCCUGUAUCUGCAACAAACCUUUUAAGUGUUCACGCUUGCUUUUCCCAGUAUUUCAGGCAAUUGGCCACCUUGCUGUAGUACAGGAUGACACUGUCCAAUGCUCUUUACCCCCUGCUUCAUGCACUCUCCAAGUGGUACGGUAUUUUGUGUCAUCGUAAAAAUCAAAAUUGGCUUUGGAUCUCUGUAAUACUACCUGUACCUGAAAAAGUAAACAACAUUCUUCAAUCACCAGCCUUCAGCUUGGGAAAAGACAUGCUAGAGAAGAAGGAAGGGGGAGCCCAUAGGUGUGGCAUGAAGCCAAGAUGUGCUAUUCAACUAUGUGGUUCUGUUUAUAAAAAAACACAUACCAUGUAACCAUGGUGCUUUUGUUCUUAGUUUUGCCUUUAGGUCCCUUUAAACUGGAAGUUCCUAAUAAUGUCUUUCUCAGGAAAUAUUUUGGGAGAUGGGGUAAGGGAUAGCAAGUGUGAGAUGGGCUAUGUCGGAGGUUGCUAUGUCAUAGAUACAGUGCAGUUCAAAGUGCCAUAUGUGUAUAUACAUGUAGUUAAUAAUGACACUGUUCAUCACCAUUCUAAAAUACUGUUCUUCUAACGCUAUCUUAAGUGACCAGUCCAGAAGGGUUUAAGCUGCAUUCAUUUGCUCUGGCAUGUGCAUUCCCAGCAGGGUGAGAAAGGUCUAAAUUACAAAACUUAUUUUCUCUCUCCCCCUUCCUCUCUCUCCCAGUCUUUGCAUAGGAGAAUGUCAGACUUUCAAGAAUUACUGUUUGUUUUAAAUUGAGUAUUGAUUUUUUACAUUGACUUUGUAUUGAGUUCUUUUUGAAAGAAUAACAAAAUAAAAUGCAGGAUCUUUGUAAAGCCUUUGCACUUUCAACCUCUUAAUAGCUUGAGUUACUGGCGCAGCGGGAACAAUGUAAAUGACAUUCAAACGAUUGAAGAUUUCAGAAAGCUGCAUCCCACAAUUGAACACAAUGCAUUUUUAUUUCAAUUCUUGGAACCAGUAGGCUAUUCUUUUUAAAAGGGGGUGAACUCUGCCCUAAGACUAGUAGAGCAUAUGUUCAUAUUAUAGGAGACAGGAUUUCAUUUGUCUUAAAUGUUUAUAGAUUUUUUAAAAUGAUUUUCAACAUAAGUUAUUAAAAUUAGAGCACUGAGUGUUAAAGAACUUAAUGAGGAGUUUAUGUCUGAGAUUGCUGUCUUCCCUGGUGAUGUUUUCACUGGUAGAUAACUUGUUCUUAAAUGUGUACGUUUGAAGAUAGAACAAUUUUUAUUGUCCAUGAAUCAGAUGUUAAAAAGUUCCGUAUGCAUCCUCAGAGGGGAUUUUAAAGCUAUAUGGUUCAUCCAUCCUUUGCGUUAUCAAAAUGUUAAGUCAAAUGCAUAAUACUUUGGCUAAAGUGCAUAAAGUAAGCCCUAGAGAAAAUACUUGAGCACCAGUUUUUCCCCAACUUCAUCACCUCCCUCCCUUGCCCCUCCCACAUGGCUCUGUUCUUCCCUUUUGACAUCUACAUAGAGGACAAGUUUUUCACAACAAAUGGUAAGAGGCAGGUGACCUGGUAUGUUUGCUGUGUGUGGUUCAUUGCCUGGGGCUUGGGACUCCUUUUUUAAUGGAGAGACUGGCUGUGCAGGUGUGUGUUGGACAGGGCUGAAGUGCUCACCCCUCCCGUCUCUACAGUAGGCGGUAGUAGUUGAUUUCUCUCUCAUUUUGCCUCUCAUAGUCACUUUGGAGUGCACGUAUUUACCUAAGGGCUAUAGUUUUGUGGGAUGCUACCAGCAUAUUGGACUGACAGAAAUUGAUUAUCUUGCCACUCCAACCCAGGUACUGAGUGAGUGUUCCAGCCACUCAGUGAAACCGACAAAAGUCAGUCCUUGGUUUACCUUCCAAUCUGGGCCCUGCUGUGUAAGUCUCCCUAAGUGGGGAUGCAUAUUUGUUUGUGCAUUUUUGUUUCCAUAUAUGUGAGCAUUUCUCUGAGUGUAUUACCAGAUGGGUAGCACAUUUAUAUGUCAGACUCUUAACAUCUGUGUUGUCUGUAGCAGAUAGGUGUGUAGCUCGGCAGAUAUGUGUGAAAUGUGUAUAUAGCUGAGUGUGUGAGGGUGUGUUUCUGCAGUCCCCUGUGUUUAAGAGAUUACCUAAUAACCCUGUGUUUUGAGAGGUCACUCUAAAACCAAUAACUUCUCCCUCCCCUGCUUGAUUCCUUUCCCUCACUGACACUGGCUCCUCCCCUGAGUGAAUGGCUUUAGCACAGCACAGUCUUCUGUUGAGCCCGCUGUCCUGCGGGCAAGUCCAUUAGACUCUAUCUUGCUUUCGGACUGUCCUGCAGGCAAGUCCAUUAGACUCUUUCUUGCUUUAGGACUGCAAAAUGCAAGAAACAAAGAAAGGUCAAGCUCUAUAAGAAUUACUGCCAGAACUUCACUACCCUGGAAGCCUUACUAGAUAUUUCUUAAUGUAACUUACAAAUUGGGCUUUAUUUUUAAAAAGUGAUAGGUUACUAAAGCCGCACAGAAAUGUUAGCAUAUUUAUUUAAAUGGUCCUGCAGCAGAGACCCUGACUGUAAAGUGAUUUAACUAUUUCUGGGUAGUGUUUGUGCUUUAUGGAUUUGUUACCACAAAACAAACAAAAUCACUACUGUGAAUUUACUACUAUGUAAACUUGUGGUCGUAUUUUAUUAUAAAUAAAAUAUGAAUUGCUCUUCUG